ACUACUGCCACUUUUUUAUGUAACUCCAAACAUUGAAGAAAAGUUUAUUAAGACUUUCAUCAUCAAAAUGCCACAUCGGGACAACGCAUUAUUUCACAAGGAGACAUUGCUGCUGUUGCAAUAUAUUGGAUUGUGGAAACCACAGGGAUUAUCACAGUGGAAAUCUAUUGUUUAUGAUAUUUAUGCAGCAAUGAUGGUAAUCGUAACGGUUACUUUCGGCUUCUCACAGUUUCUGGCAGUAGUUUUCUUGAGAAAGCAGAAUGUCAAAGAAUUUAUGGAGCACAUAUUCAUGGCCCUGACGACGUCUUGUGUCAGUUUCAAAGUAGUCAACCUUCUUUACUGUCGAUCAAAAAUAUCGAAUAUUUUGAGAACGUUGACAGGAGCUCCGUUCAGAUGUGAGAAUGCUGAGGAGCACGAAAUCCGUUAUCAAUUCAGCAGAAAAGUUCGGAAUGUUUCCAUUUCUUCUUUUGCAUACUUUAUGGUGGCACUUCUAUAUUAUUCGUUUGAAGCGUUGAUGGAGAGUUUUCCAGAGAGGAGAUUACCUGUUGCGAGUUGGUUGCCAUAUGAUUACUCAAGUAUAACGUCAUGGUGGUUUUCAUCGGUGUAUCUUUUAUUUGCCAUGAUUGUGGGUGGUUUAAUCACAGUAGGAUUCAAUGUUCUCUUCUUCGAGGUGAUGAUGCAGAUAGUUGCUCAGGUGAAGAUAUUGAAGAAUCGACUAGCCAAGAUGAUAGACACUCUCCAGGAAGCCGAUGGGAGGAAGAAUAAUUCCGAUGAACGGUUGCAGGAGUGUAGACUGUUUCGUCGUUGCGUUGAAUAUCAUAUUGAUAUCCUCAGAAUAGCUAAAGAGACAAAUGGUAUUUUUGCUGCCAUUGUAUUAAUCCAGUAUUCAAUUACAUCACUGGUUUUAUGCUCAACCAUUUACCUCAUGUCAGGAGCGACAACUUCCACCGGACAUUUUCUGAAAUUCGGCGCUUACUUUGGGUGCAUGUGUCAUCAAAUAUUAAUUCUCUGUUACGCUGGUCAUUACACAUUUUUAGAGUUUUCUAGUAUCCGGGACGUUUUAUAUUCUUCUGAUUGGACUGAACUCAGUAUAAUUAAUAAACAAUCAUUGAGACUAAUGCUGGUUAAUGCUGAAAAACCGUUGGUUUUCGAUUGCGGCGGAAUAUUACAGCUGGACGUCGAAGCUUUAAAAAAUGUGUUAAAAUUGGCUUAUUCGAUCUACAAUAUUCUCUGAGGCUUCGAUGACGUCUUCGAACCGAUUUUUAAUGAGAAAAUUAAUCCAAUAUUUUAUCAAAUUAAUGAAUUAAUAUUUGACUCGCGAGGCGAAAUAAUAAGAAAGCAGAAACAAUGUCCGAGGAAUUAAUCGAGUAGAAUUCACAUUCUUUGGUGUUGCAUCCAAUUGCAAAAUUCCAUAAGAAAUACCUGAGCGAAUGCUCCAAAAACAUUCUAUCAUGUUUUUAUUUGAACCACUGUUAAGUCUGCCAAUUUUGUUGAAAAAUUGUUUACGU